UACGUCAUGGAGGGGGCGCGUAUGUGAUGCUGCUGCGGUGGCGCGUUGGGACCCGGUUCCGGAUGGUGAUGGUUUGCCAUCCGUGAGCGAGCAUGGAGAUCCCCGCGGACGCCGGGACCCGUCCCGUGGGCCCCGGAACGCUUGCGGGCGUGGGGACCCCGCCGGGCUUGCAGACCGACUGCGAGGCGCUGCUCAGCCGCUUCCAAGAGCUGGACAGCGUGCGCUUCGAGGACUUCGCGGAGCUCUGGCGCAGCAUGAAGUUCGCGACCAUCUUCUGUGGCAAGAUGAGGAACUUGAAAAAGAACAUGUUUACAAAAGAGGCUUUAGCUCUGGCCUGGCGCUAUUUCUUGCCUCCAUACACCUUCCAAAUCAGAGUUGGCGCUUUGUAUCUACUGUACGGGUUGUAUAACACGCAGCUGUGCCAGCCAAAACAAAAGAUCAGAGUCGCCCUGAAGGACUGGGAUGAAGUUAUUAAAUUUCAGCAAGACUUGGUAAAUGCACAGCAUUUCGACGCAGCCUUCGUUUUCAGGAAGCUUCGGCUAGACAGAGCCUUCCACUUCACAGCAAUGCCCAAGCUGCUUUCAUGUAGAAUGAAGAAAAAAAUUCAACAAACUGAAGUGACCCAAAAAUUUAAGGACCCAAAUGAUCGUGUAAUGAAACUUAUCACUUCUGAUGUAUUAGAGGAAAUGCUGAAUGUUCACGAUCAUUAUCAAAAUAUGAAGCGUGCUAUCUCAGCUGAUAAGUCCAUGCCAGACAAAGCCCUCAGCCUGGUAAAGGAGGAUUUUUUUGACAACAUCAAGAACAUAGUUUUGGAGCAUCAACAGUGGCACAAAGACAGGAAGAAUCCGUCCCUAAAACCAAAACUUAAAGAUGGAGAAGAAGACAGUAAAGGCACUUCACAGGAACCAGAGAGAUGUGAAAGAGCAGUGUCUUUAGCAAAAAUCAAAGCAAGAGCCUUUUCAGCUGUUGCCCAGGUGUCCAAGUCCAGGAGGCAUCGCCAAGCCAAACUUGACUCUUCUGACUCUGAUUCUGGGUCAGGACAAGGGCAAGGCAAAGCAGCUAAGAAAAAAAGAACCAGAGAGACGGCAGCAGAACCAACAGAAAGGAAGAGGGCUUCCAGAAGCAGAGGUAACGCUCAGAAUGAACAGAAGGAAGAGAAGUCUUUACACCUGAGUAUGCCCAUAAUUGCAGAAGAGGAGGAGGAGACUUACGACUUCAUCGAAGCAGAGUUCACUGCAACCAAGAGGAAAAGAAAGCGAUGACCAGGAGCCUGGUGGAGUUCUAUUUAAAUUCUGAGUUUUCUUACAGAAGAACAGGUUUGUUUUGUUCUGAGCAGGAGGCUGGCCAGUGAGGACCAACAUCUGAGAAUGAGGUCAUUUCUGUGAAAUGGGAGAGUUGGGAUAGAAUUUUACUCUGAAGUUUAAUUUAACAUUUCUGUUAAAAGUCUAUGUGAAUGGAGAUAAAAGUUUGCAUUUAGAAUGUAAACAAAGAUUUGUGCUGUCACCUUAAUGCAUCACUGUAAUGUCUACUGUCCUAGUUUUAAAACAUUUUCUUAAAAUACUUUUUGUAUAAAUGACUCAUACCUGUCAUCUAGCAAUGGAUUGGACUGUGGUUUUGGUUUAAUAUUUUAUGUGUUAUGGUUAAGUGCAAUAAAAUUUUUUCCCACUUGCUUUACAAAA